AUGUUGGUCAACGUAUUCUGGACUCUUUUAUCGAUUGCCUUUGUGUUGCAGUUCUUGCCUGGUUUGCAACUUUCCAAGUUUGCCACUGCCUAUGAUGUAGCUGUCGUGCUGUUAGCGAGUAUCCUUGGGUUUGCCGGACAAGAUUUUGCCUGGAAGAUGUCCCAGGUAGCUGGUCUAUUGAACGAGACGACGUUUGGAUUCCUUGUCGAGAUAAUUCCGUUCAUUGUGCCCAUUCUGAAGCACGAGACAUCCGUCCCUCGAGAGAGCAGCGAUGAAAACAAUCUCAUCCCUGUCAUCCAAGCCCCGAUUCUCGGGAGCAUCUUGACGAACUUAUUACUUUGCCUUCGUUCGUGCUUUUUUUUUUUACUCAGAGGGGGUCCGCCAUGA